UAUUAUAAUUUUCAACACACAUCGCUGCUGUAUAAUUUAUCAUUCACCGCUUUACAAUGGUGUUCAAAUCACUUGUGUAUGUCUUGGCGUCUGUUCAAUUGGCCGUAUGUACGUUGCCCGAUACGUUUGAAAUGCCAUCCAAUGGAGUACUACCAAAUCCUGUAACAUAUUUUGAAGGCAUACAAAACGAAAACAAAACAAAUGCUGGACGCUCCCACGAGGCUAGAUUUGGAUACAUACCGUCAUCUUAUGGUGGAUCAUCGAGUGGAAUAGGCGGAUAUCAAGGUAAUUCAGUCAGUAGCUAUGGAUCCCAUAAAAUUGAUAUAGGAGGUCUGAUUGUUGGUGCUGUCGUUGGGCUUGGUAUUCUAAUUUUUAUCCCGAAAAUUCUUUACUUACUAUUCGCAACAACUAAUCUUUUUAGCGCUCAACCAGUGGGAAACGGUUAUUCUGGAUAUGGAAGGAGUGAAGAUUUAAUGUCUGGUUUGAAUGAUAUAGUCACAAAACUUGAAGAAUCUAUGUCCAAAUAUAAUAUAAAUACAACAGAAUGUAUGCAAAAAGCACUUUGCACUUAUAUACAAUCCACUGAACAAGUUAAAGAAAAAUCAGGAAUCAACAAUUUUGUAGACAAUUCAAUAAAUACUCUAACAAAAAAUUCCAUAAUGAAUUUUAUGAUCGAUGGUUCGAAAUUCAAAGCAGCUCUUGAAGCAGGAAAGAAUGGAGAGUGUAAGACGGCCUAUAGAAAAUGUCCAUUCGACCAAAACAGUAUUUAUAUGUUCUUAAGACAAAUUUCAACUAAGAAGUAAAUUGUUAUUUAUUUUUUUUCUUUGCAUAAAAUAUUAGUAACUAUAAAAUUUAAAUUAAA